GGAACCACAACCCAAGAACACAGCCACCCUUCAUUCAGCACACAGAGAAGAAGCGGUGUCGGGGCUUGCUCCAUUGUAAAAUACUAGCUGUAGCUCUCUACUACUGACUCGGGCCGCUCGUGUGGGCUGUGUAUUUUAUUCGGGAGGGGAUAGACAUGUCGUCUCUCGUGUCCACGCCCUUCGCCACGGCCACCGGGGCGCGGAAGAAGCUGCGCGCGCCCGUGCCGCUCCACUCCUUCCUCCUCAGCCGGGGCCGGCACCUCGGGCGGCGCGCGUCCAUCCGAUGCGCCGUCGCCGGGAACGGCCUCUUCACGCAGACCAACCCGGACGUGCGGCGGGUGGUGCCCCCGGAGCGCGGGCUGCCGCGCGUCAAGGUCGUCUACGUGGUGCUCGAGGCGCAGUACCAGUCCUCGGUCACGGCCGCCGUGCAGCAGCUGAACGCGGACCCGCGCCGGGCGGCCGAGUUCGAGGUGGUCGGGUACCUGGUCGAGGAGCUGCGGGACGGCGACACCUACGCGGCCUUCUGCGACGACGUGGCGGCCGCCAACGUGUUCAUCGGCUCGCUCAUCUUCGUGGAGGAGCUGGCGCUCAAGGUGCGGGACGCCGUGGCGCAGCACCGGGACCGGAUGGACGCCGUGCUCGUCUUCCCGUCCAUGCCGGAGGUCAUGCGGCUCAACAAGCUCGGCUCCUUCAGCAUGGCGCAGCUGGGCCAGUCCAAGAGCCCCUUCUUCCAGCUCUUCAAGCGCAACAAGAAGGACUCCUCCGGCUUCGCCGACAGCAUGCUCAAGCUCGUCCGCACCCUGCCCAAGGUGCUCAAGUACCUGCCCUCCGACAAGGCGCAGGACGCGCGGCUCUACAUCCUCAGCCUCCAGUUCUGGCUCGGCGGCUCCCCCGACAACCUCCAGAACUUCCUCAAGAUGAUCGCCGUCUCCUACGUGCCCGCGCUCAAGGGCGCCGACAUCAAGUACGACGACCCCGUCCUCUUCCUCGACACCGGCAUCUGGCACCCGCUCGCGCCCACCAUGUACGACGACGUCAAGGAGUACCUCAACUGGUACGACACGCGCCGCGACACCACCGGCAAGCUCAAGGACCGCGACGCGCCCGUCAUCGGACUCGUGCUCCAGAGGAGCCACAUUGUCACGGGAGACGACGGGCACUACGUCGCCGUCAUCAUGGAGCUCGAGGCCAGAGGCGCCAAGGUAAUUCCCAUCUUCGCCGGCGGCCUCGACUUCUCGGGCCCCACGCAGCAGUACCUCGUCGACUCCAUCACCAAGAAGCCCUUUGUCAACGCCGUCGUGUCGCUCACCGGCUUCGCGCUCGUCGGCGGGCCUGCCAGGCAGGACCACCCCAAGGCUAUCGCCGCGCUGCAGAAGCUCGACGUGCCAUACAUCGUCGCCCUGCCGCUCGUCUUCCAGACCACCGAGGAGUGGCUAAACAGCACCUUGGGACUUCACCCCAUCCAGGUGGCGCUGCAGGUUGCGCUACCGGAGCUCGACGGUGGCAUGGAGCCCAUUGUCUUCUCUGGACGGGACCCAAGAUCAGGCAAGUCCCAUGCACUACACAAGAGGGUGGAGCAGCUCUGCACCAGAGCUAUCAGAUGGGCAGUACUCAAGAGGAAAACCAAGGAUGCCAAGAAACUAGCCAUCACCGUUUUCAGCUUCCCACCAGACAAGGGCAAUGUUGGCACUGCAGCAUACCUGAAUGUCUUCAGCUCCAUCUAUUCCGUCCUAAAGGAUCUCAAGAAGGACGGCUACAAUGUUGAUGGCCUUCCAGACACACCUGAAGAACUCAUCGAGGAGGUUAUUCAUGAUAAGGAGGCCCAGUUCAGCAGCCCCAACCUCAAUGUUGUUUACCGCAUGAAUGUGCGGGAGUACCAGGCACUAACCCCUUAUGCCUCCAUGCUGGAGGAGAACUGGGGCAAGGCACCUGGGCAUCUCAAUUCUGAUGGCGAGAACCUCCUUGUCUAUGGGAAGCAGUAUGGAAACAUCUUCAUCGGAGUGCAGCCCACUUUUGGUUAUGAAGGUGAUCCUAUGCGGCUUCUGUUCUCAAAAUCUGCCAGCCCUCACCAUGGAUUUGCAGCAUACUACACCUAUGUUGAGAAGAUCUUCAAGGCAGACGCUGUUCUGCAUUUCGGCACACACGGAUCCCUUGAGUUCAUGCCCGGGAAACAAGUCGGGAUGAGUGAUGCAUGCUAUCCUGAUAGUCUGAUUGGUAACAUCCCCAACAUCUACUACUAUGCAGCAAACAACCCAUCAGAAGCAACAGUUGCCAAGCGUCGGAGCUAUGCAAACACCAUAAGCUACCUCACACCACCAGCUGAGAAUGCCGGUCUGUACAAGGGGCUGAAGCAGCUGUCAGAGCUUAUCGCCUCUUACCAGUCUCUCAAGGACACGGGACGUGGCAACCAGAUUGUGAGCUCAAUCAUCAGCACUGCAAAGCAGUGUAACCUAGACAAGGAUGUCCCCUUGCCUGACGAAGGAGUGGAGCUCCCACCAAAUGAGCGUGACCUCGUCGUUGGCAAGGUGUAUGGAAAGCUCAUGGAGAUAGAGUCACGGCUACUGCCGUGUGGUCUGCAUGUGAUAGGUGAGCCACCAACUGCUGUCGAAGCUGUGGCCACAUUAGUGAACAUAGCUGCCCUUGACCGCCCAGAGGAGAACAUAUAUGCACUGCCCGGCAUUCUUGCUGCGACAGUAGGCAGGACCAUUGAAGAUGUCUACAGGGGAAGCGACAAGGGCGUACUGGCUGAUGUUGAACUCCUGAAGCAGAUCACUGAAGCUUCAAGAGGUGCCGUAGGUGCCUUUGUUGAGAAGACUACAAACAGCAAAGGGCAAGUUGUUGAUGUUAAAAACAAACUCAGUUCCAUCCUUGGCUUUGGUCUCUCAGAGCCAUGGGUGGAGUACUUGUCAACGACCAAGUUCAUCAGGGCGGAUAGAGAGAAGCUGAGGAACUGUUUUGCAUUCUUGGGAGAGUGCCUGAAGCUGAUUGUGGCAGACAAUGAGCUGGGAGCCUUGAAGCUCGCCCUUGAGGGAAGCUAUGUUGAGCCUGGCCCUGGUGGUGAUCCUAUCCGUAACCCAAAGGUUCUCCCAACAGGGAAGAACAUCCAUGCUCUUGACCCGCAGUCAAUCCCGACUGCAGCUGCCAUGAAGAGUGCCAAGGUUGUUGUGGAACGUCUGCUGGAGCGGCAAAAGGCUGACAAUGGUGGAAAAUAUCCCGAGACAAUUGCACUUGUCUUGUGGGGUACUGACAACAUCAAGACCUAUGGCGAGUCACUUGCCCAGGUGUUUUGGAUGCUUGGUGUGGAGCCGGUUACUGAUGGCCUUGGCCGUGUCAACCGUGUGGAGCCUGUCAGCAUUGAGGAGCUUGGACGUCCUAGGGUUGAUGUCGUCGUCAACUGCUCGGGUGUGUUCAGAGAUCUUUUCAUCAACCAGAUGAAUCUGCUGGACCGGGCAGUAAAGAUGGUUGCUGAGCUGGAUGAGCCAGUAGAGAUGAACUAUGUGCGCAAGCAUGCCCUGGAGCAGGCAGAGGAGCUUGGUGUCUCCGUGAGAGAGGCCGCAACAAGGGUGUUCUCCAAUGCAUCAGGCUCUUACUCGUCGAAUGUGAACUUGGCAGUGGAGAAUGCAACAUGGACGGAUGAGAAGCAGCUUCAGGACAUGUACCUGAGCCGCAAGUCAUUUGCAUUUGACAGUGAUGCUCCAGGGGUAGGCAUGCUAGAGAAACGCAAGACAUUUGAGCUUGCUCUAGCAACAGCCGAAGCCACAUUCCAGAACCUGGACUCAUCAGAGAUCUCACUCACAGAUGUCAGCCACUACUUCGACUCGGACCCGACGAAGCUGGUGCAAGGGCUGCGGAAGGAUGGGCGGGCACCUUCCUCGUACAUAGCGGACACAACCACAGCAAAUGCACAGGUCCGGACAUUGUCAGAGACGAUGCGUCUGGAUGCAAGGACAAAGCUACUGAACCCUAGGUGGUAUGAGGGGAUGAUGAAGAGUGGUUACGAGGGAGUUAGAGAGAUUGAGAAGCGGCUGACAAAUACUGUUGGAUGGAGUGCAACAUCUGGGCAAGUUGACAACUGGGUUUAUGAGGAGGCAAAUACCACAUUCAUCGAAGAUGAAGAAAUGAGGAAGAGGCUCAUGGACACCAAUCCCAACUCGUUCAGGAAGCUGCUUCAAACGUUUCUAGAAGCCAAUGGCAGAGGCUACUGGGAGACAUCCGAGGAUAACUUGGAAAGGCUCAGGGAGCUCUACUCAGAGGUUGAAGACAAGAUCGAAGGAAUUGACCGGUGAACUCAUUUGAUCAAUCGACCAGUUCCAUCAUUUGACCAAGAAGAAGAAAUUCUUCUGCCUCUUUGAGUUGAAACAUGUAUAAUUUGUUAUUUAUAAAAGUUGUAACAUGAAAUACAGGUCUUUAACAAGGGUGGUUGGUUGUGAAUGUAAAAAAGGAAGCAUGAGUAGUUCUUUUUUUUGGAAAUUUUGUUACUUGAUGUCACUUGUUCAUCUACAGAUAUAGUCACAGAGAAAGGAGUAUCAUUUUUAAAUGUGUGAAGAAAUAACACUUGAUUUUUAGCA